CAUACCAUGAUGGAUAACAUGUCUUAUCCUGUGAUACUGACUCUCAUGGUGCCCAGAGACUCAAAAUCAUAUAGACAUGUGUAUUUUAUUUGCUUUCUUGCCUUAUAUGUGCUUAUAUUGUCAAUUAAUAUCCGUCUUGUUAUGGUCAUCAUCAUGGAAAAAGCACUUCAUGAACCGAUGUACAUUUUCUUGUCUCAUCUGUGUGUAAAUGGGGUUUAUGGAGCCUCGGGAUUCUACCCUAAAUUUCUGUCUGAUUUAAUAUUGGAUUCAUAUGUGAUCUCCUCUCACAUGUGUGCUCUGCAGAUCUUUGUUAUUUACAGCUCUUUACUGUGUGAGUUUACAAUAUUAACAGUGAUGUCUUAUGAUAGAUAUGUAGCCAUAUGCAAACCUUUAGACUAUCAUUCCAAAUUAACUAAAUUCACCUGUGUGAAAUUAAUUCUGUUUUCAUGGAUUGUACCCUCUAUUUCUGUAUUCACUGCCACUCUGUUAUCAAAUUUGAAUCCAUUUUGUGCUUAUCAUGUAGAUAAAUUAUAUUGUGACAACUGGUCAGUUGUAAAACUGUCUUGUGCAUCAUCUUUUGUAAAUAAUGUCUAUGGAUAUAUUGUUGCUGUUAUAUUUGUUAGCUUUGUAGUUAUCAUCAUAGUGUCCUAUAUUAAACUGAUCUCUGCAUGUAAAGCAUCUUUAGAAAACAGAAGGAAAUUCUGGCAAACGUGUCUGCCACACAUUUUAUUACUGAUAAAUUUCACUUUUGCUGUGUUAUUUGAUAUAAUGUAUAGCAGAUAUGGUUCAAAUGAUAUUCCAGAGAGUCUGCGUUAUUUUUUGGCUUUAGAAUUAGUCAUAGUCCCACCUGUUUUUAAUCCACUAAUCUAUGGGUUAAAUAUUAGAGCAGUGCGCCAAAGAGUUUUUACUUCAUGUGUUGCAUCAAGAGUAAAUGUUUCACGUGCACCAAGAAGAUGUAAAACAUAA